AUGAUGCGGCGCCAUCUCGCGUGCGGUGGCCGCAACUCUCGGCCGCAAAAGGACACGGACACGGUUACGGACGCGGAUGCGGAUGCGGAUGUGGACACGGACACGGACGCGAGCGUGAGCGCGGCACCGCGACCAAUAGAUUUGGCCAAGCCCAAGCGAACUGAAGACAACGAGAGUUGCAGCCCGCCAAAGGCAACAAGCCCAGGACCACAUGCAACAAUCGCAGCUACUGCGACGCCGACUGCGGCUGAGACGCCGGGCGAGACUGCGACUGCGGCAGAGGCGGCGACUGGUGGAAAAAGGAAAACAGAAAGAGCGGAAGCGAGCUCCGGCGACUUAUGGCCAUGUUUGUUGUACGGGUAA